CAGAUCGGUGUUGGGAUCAGCGAAUACCCGAUGAGCAACCGACGAACGGAGGGGGUGGAAGAAGCCGGUCGAUAGGCGAGUGCUGCCCCGGCACUCAGGAAGACGCUAGCGCAUCAAGAUCAAGGUCCAAGAUGGGUACCAGCACGUUGGAUUAAGCCGUGGAGGGAACCUGAAACGCAAGAGAGUAGAACGCGAGACGGUGAUGUGACCACGUGAACUCACCACUCUGGCUCUCGCAGGCCUGACAACUGUCAUAUGUCCAGCUUGUAAAGAAUGUGAAUCGUGGGUUCUUUGUAAGUGUAACGAGUGGAAGAAGCAACUUUAUCAACGUGCCGGAUUGACAGGGUUUUGGUGUUUGGAUUGCCUGGAAGUUCAGUAUGUAAGAAUACAACAGGCUGUUUGUAUAGCUAUUUUAACAGGGCACGUAGCAGAAAAGUUUUAAUACCUCGCAUUUGGAAGGUAAAACCGGAAGAGUGGGAGGAGACGAAGAAAAAGUGUGCAAGGCGAUUUGGCUGGAAGCAAAAAGGAAAGUCAUAGCAGCAACAUGGGUUGGAUAAUUGAGAUAAUGAUUAUUGGUUUAGUGGGACCAGAAGUGGAAGGUAUUACAAACAUAUCCCCUAGGCAGAACAUAUGGGUAACAUGGGCAAAUCAGACAGGCAAUUCGGCUUUUUGCUUAUCCAUGGCUACUCCAUCAGAUCCUUUCCGAACAUAUUUGAUUGGUUUUCUGUUCCUGCGAUUGGAGGACUUUGAAGGCUAUGUAUCCCAAGUCAAUUUAACAAAUAGUUCGUUGUUAGAAUCAGAGCAGGUUAACGUCACUUGUAACCUGUCGCGAGGAUCUGCAGACAGCUAUUGGUGUCCAAAAGGAGUAGGAUCCUUAUUUCAAGGGCAUCUCAUUAAUCAUUUAAACCGAUCAAUUCCUCUUCCUUUGCAGGAAUUGGAUCUUUUGGGGUCACUUCCAGCAGUGAGACAUCAUGUGGGAAACAAUACUGGCAAGCAUAUUGGCAACUUUAGCUUAGGAUGUAUUGAAUUGGGAGGACAAAAUUCAGUAUUACAAAGAGAUUAUGGGUUUAAGAUGACAGGUGCUUUCACUGGUAUGCAAAAUGUUACUCCUACUGUAUCAUUUAUUAAGAGUAAUUAUUGUCAAAACGAAGGUGCUGACCUAGGACUAUCAUAUGGAGGGAUUUGGAAUAAUGCAUCUUUUCCAAAGCUACUUCCACCUGGAUAUUUUUUGAUAUGUGGUGAUCGAGCUUGGGGAGGCAUUCCUAGUCGCACAGUAGGAGGACCGUGUUAUUUAGGCAGACUUACCUUGUUUGCUCCUGACAGGAUUAGUCUUAUUAAUCUUAGAAACCAGUCACGGCGAUCACAACGAGCGAUUACCGAUUCUACCCCUGAGUGCAGUGAUCACAUCAAGUUUUGGGACCGCCCGUCAAAAGUUUUUGCAGGCUUUUUAGCUCCAGGUGUGAUUGCAGCUAAGGCUUUAACAGAUCUAGAAAAGCUAGCCUGUUGGAGUAUAAAACAGUUUAACCUGACUUCUGAGAUGAUUUCUGCUUUAUUAACAGAUGUUGAUAGUAUACGACAUGCUGUGCUGCAGAAUCGUGCUGCUAUUGAUUUUUUGUUGUUAGCACAAGGCCAUGGUUGUGAGGAUUUUGAAGGCAUGUGUUGUAUGAAUUUGUCUGAUCACUCACGCUCCAUUCAUGACCACUUAGCCCAGUUACAGCACAAUAUGCAUAAGCUCACUCAGGGUCAUUCGUGGUUGGAGCAAUUGUUUAAUUCUUGGGGACUGGCUGGCUGGGUACAAGAUUUGUUGAAACAGGGCCUUGUAAUUUUGAUUGUUGUAAUGAUAUUGCUGAUCAUUUUACCUUGUUUGUUUUCUUGUCUACGAAGAUCUUUAGAAGCGUCUGUGGAAAAAAUGUUUUCAGGUGCUUGGAUUGUUCAAAAACAAAAAGGGAGAUUUGUUGGAGGAUUUUUAAUACAAAGGGGUCAUCCUGUGAACACUCCAAGCACCCAAGAGCUGCUAACAACUAUGUAGGCUUUGUUAGUUUGAAGGCUAUGUGAAAACAUUGUAGCGAUGUUAGAAAUGCUGAGACCAACAAGAUAUGAGAAAGUGUGCUGAAUUCAGCGUGCGAAAUGUAGAACUUCACCCAGGAUAUAGGAGGGGUGAUUGUCCGCGUGGACAGAUGCUUUAAGCCAAUUAUAAUAUGCUGCUUGCCGCGUGCACAGCUCGUGCAACCAAUCAGCAAAUUGUCAGCGCGUGAUGCGGAAUCAGAACGUCUAUAAUAACUGAGCUAUCUGUGUAAUAAACU